GUGGGUAAUGAUGGCUUUAUUGGAGAUUUUAGCUGUUUUGGGGCUUUUCCUAAAUGCUGCAAAUGCAUCUUCGUUAGGAGUGGUAUACACGGAGGGAGGGAUGGUUGAAGGAUCGAAUAAUGGAGUGGGACUCUUCCGCUACAUGGAUGUCUUUAAGGGCAUCCCGUUUGCUGCCCCACCGGGCCGAUUCAAGAAGCCAACUCCUCACCCUGGCUGGAGUGGGGUUCUAAAGGCCAAAAAGUUCCAAUCAAGGUGCCUGCAACUCAACCUGGUCCAGAUUGGAAGCCGUGGUAGCGAAGACUGUUUGUACCUCAACAUCUGGGUCCCUCAGGGCCGUUCAAUCUCAACUGGCCUCCCGGUCAUGGUCUACUUCUUCGGCGGUGCCUUUCUGGUCGGUGGUUCUCAGGGUGCAAACUUCCUGGAUAAUUACCUGUAUGAUGGAACUGAGAUUGCGGACCGAGGGAAAGUCAUUGUGGUGACCGUCAACUACCGUGUUGGGACCCUAGGAUUCCUCAGCACAGGAGAAUCCGAUUUACCAGGAAACUAUGGUCUGUGGGAUCAGCAUGCUGCUAUUUCUUGGGUGAACAGGAACAUCAAGGCUUUUGGAGGAGAUCCCAACAACGUCACCAUCUUUGGCGAGUCUGCUGGAGCUGCCAGCGUAAGCUUCCAGAUGCUCUCACCCCACAAUAAAGGCUUGAUCCGCCGAGCCAUCUCCCAAAGCGGUGUCGCCUUGUGCUCCUGGGCUGUUAACAGAAAUCCUAGGGCGUAUGCCGAAGGGGUUGCUAAAAGGUUGGGCUGCCCCACUGAUGAUCGCAUGGUCGACUGCCUGAAGAUGACCGACCCCAUCGAGCUAACUCUUGCUGGCCCUGUUAACCUGGCUGGAAGUGCAGAAAACCCCAUAGUGAAGAACCUGGCGCUUUCCCCUGUGAUCGAUGGCGAUUUCCUCCCCGAUGACCCCAGCAUGCUGUUCAGUAAUGCUGCUGAUAUUGACUAUCUGGCUGGAGUCAAUGACAUGGAUGGUCACAUUUUUGCUGGAUUUGAUAUUGCCUCCAUCAACCAGCCGCUCCAAACCACACCAGUUGAGGAUGUGAAAAGCGUCCUGACGGCUCUGACCAGUGAGAAAGGUGUAGCAGCUGCUGAAGCUGCUUUCGAGCAGUACACCGCUAACUGGGGAAGCAAGCCCGACAAGGCCACCAUCAAGAAAACCAUUGUGGACAUUGAGACAGACUACACCUUCCUGGUGCCAACCCAAACAGCCCUGUACCUGCAUGCCAAAAAUGCCAAGACGGCCCAUACCUACUCGUACCUGUUCUCAGAACCCAGCCGUAUGCCUGUCUACCCCAGCUGGAUGGGGGCUGACCAUGCCGAUGACCUGCAGUACGUGUUUGGAAAGCCCUUCACUACUCCUCUGGCCUACUUUCCCAGACACCGCAAGGUCUCCAAAUAUAUGAUUGCCUACUGGACCAACUUCGCCAGGACUGGUGACCCCAACAAAGGCGAGUCUGAUGUGCCUGUAGCCUGGCCUCAGUUCACUGGUGAAGGGCACCAGUUUGUGGACAUCAACCAUGACAUGGGCAAGAAUUCUAUCAAGCAGAGAAUGAGAGUUCGCUAUGUCCACUUCUGGACCAGCACCUUCGUUAGCUUUCCCAGUGUCAACUAAAAAACUCCACACCUCUGGCUCUUGUUUAAAAAGUCAAAAAAGUCAAACUAAUACGUGAAUCUAAUAAAAUA